AUGUCCACCUCCAGCACUGUCCCGUCUGAAGAGCAGUUCCUGUGCUCUGUCUGUCUGGAUGUGUUCACUGAGCCAGUCUCUAUUCCAUGUGGACACAACUUCUGCAAGGUCUGUAUCAGUGAAUACUGGAACACCACUGCCCUGUGCCAGUGUCCACUGUGUAAGGACACAUUCAAUAGAAGACCGGACCUAAAAACCAACACAACACUCAGAGAUGUUGCAGAUCAUUUUAAGAGGAUGAAGGUCACAGACAGAGAGGAGUCCUCUUCCAAGCCUGGAGAAGUAGCACAAGUGCAGCAGAUGGUCCAGGAGCGACUGCUGAAGGUUAAAGACAUCAAAUACUCAGUAGAGCUCAGCCAGAGAGAAGCAGAGAGAGAGAUAGCAGGAAGUGUGGAGGUCUUCACUGCUCUGGUGCGCUCCAUUGAGAGAAGUCAGGGUGAGGUUAUUGAGGAGGUUGAGGAGAAGCAGAAAGCAGCUGAGAGGCAGGCUGAAGGGCUCAUUGAAGAACUGGAGCAGGAAAUCACUGAGCUGCUGAGGAGAGGCACUGAGCUGGACCACGUCCACCAGAACUCUGCAUCCCCAAUCAAGGACUGGUCUGAGAUCAGUGUUCACAGGGAUCUGCAUGUAGGAACUGUGAGGAGAGCUCUGUCUCAGCUGGAGGAGAUGCUUCAGAAAGAGAUGGAGAAGUUGUGUAAUGCUGAGCUGAAGAUGAUACAGCAGUGGUCAGUGGAUGUGACUCUGGAUCCUGAUACAGCACAUCCCAAGCUCAUUGUUUCUAAGGACAGGAAACAAGUGAGCUAUGGAGACAUACGGCAGAAUAUCCCUGACAACCCAAAGCGGUUUGAAUGUUAUCUAUCGGUCCUGGGAAAGGAGGGCUUCUCCUCAGGGAGAUUCUACUUUGAGGUUCAGGUGAGAGGGAAGAUUGAAUGGCAGGUAGGAGUGGCCAGAGAGUCCAUCAUCAGGAAGGGCCCAACGGCUGUAAGCCCUGAGGGUGGACUCUGGACUCUGUAUAGGAAUAGGAAUAAGUAUAUAGCCAAGGACACACCCCAUAUGCACCUCUUCCUGAGUCAGAAACCCCAGAAGGUGGGGGUGUUUGUGGAUUACGAGGAGGGUCAGAUCUCCUUUUAUGAUGUAGAAAACUGGUCUCAUAUCUACUCUUUCACUGGUUGUACCUUCACUGAGAAGCUAUAUCCAUACUUGAACCCCUGUGAUAAUGAGGAGGGUCCAAACUCAGCCCCAUUGGUCAUCUCUCCUGUCAAUCACACUGACUGAAUUGGGGUCCAAUAAGGCAGAAGUGCUGAUAAUAUUGGGCCGCUUUUCAAGGUGUCUGCCAAGAAGUCGUACACCAAAUUUCAUAACAUCUAGGGAUUUAACAUCAUGUCAGAAACUACAUCAACAUGAUCAUCUGAAGCAUGACUGCAAUUUAUCUAACGUGGUGUUCAAUGAUUGGUUCAUUUGUGCAGCAUGACUUCUUUGCGGCCUGUUUAGACCAUGAUGUUUGAUAUGGUUUUGGUGUUAAAAUCAGAGGAUGAUGCUUGAAAUCUGAUCUACAGUAGAAUAUGUUUUAGUUUGUGUCUUUGUUCCCAUUUCUUUUCCCCAUGUUUCAGUAUAGUGUGUUGAGACGUUGUUUGGAUUCAUUUGGGAGUAUGUACUGAAUUAUCCAAAUCUAGUACAAUGCAUCCAAUUUCUUGUGAGUUUUCAUUGUAUGUGGUCAAUGUCAAAUAAACAUAAUAAAUACAGUGAAUAAAUGUGUUGUUCUUGUUUUUAUGAGUCUAAGUUGUUUAUAAGAACGAUGCAUCCCAGAGGG